AUGCCACGACCAAGCCCACUUCCACUUCCAGAUAUCGAUGAUCUGACAGACUGCGACACGGAUGUUUCAGACUCCGAAGACAGCAACGACGAAUCCAUCACGCAGCCAACAAGAGCUUUCUUCCUCGGUGUCCGCACAAGUACGCUGGUCUCUCCGCGCGACUUGGAGGUAGGGCGCGUGCCAAGGAACAUCUCGUCCGACACUCUUGUGAGCGACAGGCCAGACAACCAAAAGGAGAAAUCCGACAAGCCCGACAGCCAGGGUCUGCUUUCCGAAGACGAGCUCAAUGACCCCUUUACCUCCAACUCCCUCGAUAACUCACCCCUGCCACGUAAAAGGGGGCCUCGGGUUUUCCGGCACCUGAGAUGGAACUUUGGGUCGGUUUACCGCCGCAUAUUCUGUCUGGCGUUUCUCGCCAACCUCGCUGCUCUCGCGUUCCUCAUUGCCCACUGGAUUGUGGCUGGCAACACCCUCACGUACCAGCAAGCCAGCACCGCAGUCACAGCCAACAUCCUCGCCGCCAUAGCCGUUCGCAACGAGCAUGUUGUCAACUCUCUCUUCUGGGUCUUUGGAACAUGGCCCACGCGCCUUCCCCUGCGUGCUCGACGCCUGGUCGCCAAGAUCUACUCGUACGGUGGUAUCCAUAGCGGCGGUGCUGUUGCUGGCACAGUUUGGUACCUCGCCUUCCUUGUCCUCUUGACCAUGGACUUCCGGUCCAACGGCGAGACCACCGUCCUGCGCAGCUACAUCUACUUUGUCAGCUACACCAUCAUCGUCCUCUUAGUUACGAUGCUCAUCACCGCCUACCCGCACCUACGACGCAUCAUGCACAACUGGUUCGAGGGCGUUCACCGCUUCAUGGGCUGGUCUGCGGUGCUGCUGUUUUGGGCCCAGUUGAUGCUCGUUACCGCCGAAGCCGCCCAGCACAGUGACAUGGGUAUGGGAAAGGCUCUGCUGGUAUCCUCAAACUUCUGGAUGCUGGCCACAACCACGCUGCUCGUUAUAUACCCCUGGGCUCGCCUGCGCUUGCGCGAAGUUGAGGCCGAGGUCCUCUCGGAGCAUUGUGUCAAGCUCAAUUUUAACUACCGCAAUGUUCACUACGGCCAAGCCAUCCGCAUUACCGACGCCCCGCUCAAAGAGACUCAUGCCUUUGGCGUGAUACCAUACCCUGCCGCUCCCAAGCCCACAGGCGCCAACAUCCGAGGUGCCAACAUGAAGGGCCACGUCAGUCAGUUGUCGUUGGUACGCAGCCCAGACACCACAAAGUCUCUCUCGCACGCCGGCGACCACGGCUUUUCCGUCAUUGUCUCCAAUGCCGGCGACUGGACACGAAAGAUCAUUCAGAACCCGCCGACCAAGAUUUACACGCGCGGCACACCGCAGUUUGGGGUCAUGCGCAUCGCUGGCUUGUUUGAGCCGUGCAUCAUCGUGGCCACCGGGUCCGGCAUCGCACCAUGCAUGAGUCUGUUUGUGCAGAAGCCCGACCACCCCGUCCGCAUUGUCUGGUCGACCAAGGCGCCGCUUUCCACGUAUGGUGCGGCUGUCAUUGACCUGAUAUACAAGACGGACCCCCGUGCCAUCAUUAUCGACACGAGCCGUGGCGGCCCUGCCACACGACGCCCAGACCUUGUUAAGAUCGUCUACCGCGUGUGGGAGCAGAGCCAGCGCGACACGCCCGCAGACUACGCCGGCCUCCAAGGACGCCAGAAUACGUCGGGGCGCAGCAAGCCCGUUGGCAAGUGCGAAGCCGUCGUUGUCAUCUCCAACCAGAGACUUACUCGCAAGGUCGUCUAUGGUCUCGAGACCCGUGGCGUCCCCGCCUACGGCGCCAUUUUUGACUCUUGA